GGUAAAUAUAGACUACGGCAGAGCACACCUCACCGAUUACAGAGAUGCCCUAGCCUGAGAGCGAUUGUGUCACACACACAGCCCGAUCUGUUCAAAAAAGCUGGACAAUGACAGGUGGACCAGAUUGCUUCACUGCAGUGGUCGGCCUGGUGGUGUUAAGUCUGACCCUGCUGAUCUCUCUGUGUCUUAACGUCAUCCUAUGGAUUAAAAAAGGAACAUCGUCAUGCAGAGACACAGAUGACUCCUGUUGCCAUCACGUUACUGAAGAAGACAUCAUUUCACGGAGCGAAGGGCUUUAUUUUCAUGGUCUCAGACAUCAAGAGCAGCAAGAAACCCCCCACACACACGAUGAGCAACAGGAAAAUCCAAUCUAUGGCAACAUCCGCAGAGAGAGAAGAGGUGAGGAGGUUUGUUAUGAGAUGAUGACCAUGCAACGCUCAAGAGACAGCACGAAGCCUGACCUGAAUUAUGCGUCGCUGGAUCUGAAGAUGGCGAAAAAGCACAAGAAGCACCGUCAUCAGCAAAGCCAGGGACGAGCCAAGCUUCAGGAUCAGGCGGCGGCCCGCCUCACGCCUCCCGCCAACUCCUUCCUGGAGGUCGACGCGGACGUGGACGCCUGCCUCCCUUCCAGGGACACCAGCACCAUGGUUUCACACAGCAGCAUCUACCUGAACAGCCAGCAGAUCGCUCUGGAGGCCGAGGAGAUGGAAAGAGAGAGGAGCAUGGAGGACGUUGGCUGGCAUGGUGAGAACGAGAGACAGUGGAGCGGAGAUCAGGAGGGUCGGGACAGGAAAGACGAAGACGGCGGGAACAAUGAGAACGCAAGCGCAGAGCUGUCGAAUGGAGAAACCCUUCGGAGCAGCGCAGAUCAUUUUAUACACAGCUUCAGCCAAGACGACAACCUAGGAGAUUAGCACAGUGUUACUUUAAGACUGAUUUCUACUUUCAAACUGAAUAAACAUCACCCCAUAGCUGUGCGUUUUAAAAAAAGAUGUGCUGGCUUCACUAUUCAUGGAACUUUGCAUGAUUGAGCAAUUUCCUCUCUGAAGCAGACAAACUACCUCUUCAACUCUUCACAUUGAGCAACUGAGGAACAAAUGAGUCUCUCCUCAACCGGAGGAUGCAAUAAGUGUAAAGUACAUCACAAGAAGAAAGGAAAGUCUGCGUGUGACAUUUAGAGGUCAAGCACCACGUGGAAAUGUUCAUUUUAUCGCAAAAGAGAGAGAAAAACCACAAAUCAUCAACGGGCACACAGGAAAUUUCAGUGUUUUCGUGCGUUGUCAACACAAAAGGCACGAGGAAAAACAAUAUUUUACAUGAGUUUUCCACAGGAGUAGGCGACGUCCGGUAUUUUAUUGAGUAUUUGUCAAAGCAUGUGUGAGUUUCCAUCUCAUUUAAGAAUGAAAAUAAUGACAUGAAGAAUUUGAAAUUGAAAUAAAGAAACUGAGUGAGA